AUGAGCGAAGUGCACAAACCACGGCUUGUAGCCCGCGUCUUUCCGCCACCAAUAAAGGUCACCUAUCCAAAGGUGGAUAUGGCCAGCGUGACCACCGGCCCUGUGGCGAACAGAUCUCAAAUGACCCCAUUCCACAGACGGACUGGUGCCGCACGCGUUCCUAUCAUUCUCAGCGCCGGCGAGGCGAAACAGCGCCACGAACAGACGGAACUCAGCGAAAGAGCCCGUGACGAGGUACUGAAACACGGCGUUAAAGUGCGUGAUUUCCAGGCUGAGGCGGAUGCGAGGAGGUACGGCCAAGGCUGCGCUGGGCAUGAGGCUGGUCGGGGUACACCAAUGUCGGGCUACAAGCACGAUUAG